UCAUAACUCUAAUGGGUGAUCACAAGAACAUGACUCUGCAGGAAAAACCAAUGUUAAUAGAUCUUGAAACAUUGUAUCGAGGAAUCCCAGAUGAAUCCGUGAACCUCACCUUUCAAGACCUAGCUAAUGUGAAAUCAGAGGAGAGAACAUCACCUUCACCUUCACCUUCUUUACACUCUCUACCUAGUCUUGAUUUCAGUAGAGGCUUGGAAGCUACAAGUCAAAACCAUCACCAUCAACAACAUCACCAAGAUUUUUCUGGCCAUCGAGGGAAGCAUCAUCAUAAUCCUCCUUUUAACCAUGCAAGUGGCAGGGCACAAAAUCCUCGACCCAGGAUUGAAGGGGGUGAUCAUUCAGGGUAUAGUAUGAGUUAUGAUGACAUGAGUGUGGCUUCGGGAGGAGGUGGUGGUAGUGGUGGACGGCGGCGACCGGGGAUUCCUCACUCUAAGAUUUGCACCAUUUGCAGUAGCUAUGCUUAUGUCUUCAGAACUAGAUGCCUGGUAUGUGGCAGGGCUUAUUGCUGGCGGUGUGUGCAAAUAGGGAUGGGAGAGAUGGUAGAAGGAAGAAAGUGUAUAGACUGCCUUGGACUGAGAUUCAGCCAAAGGUACAUAGAUAGAGCGGGGAAGGUAGGGUGCUGCAGUUGGAGAUACCCUGGGACAAUAAAACAGGCUGAGCUCAUGUGUGCAGAAAAAGGGCCAAAGAGAAGCAGAAGAUCAUAUGAUCAUCACAGUGGCAUGGUGCCAACCUCAAGACCAAAAAGUCCUAUCACCCGAACAAGUCCCUCUCCUCAUGCUAUUGGUGGCCAUGAACACUCCUAUGUCAUGUCCUCAUCCUUUGUUGCCGCCUCUCCUCUUCACCACCACCUCCCAUUUUAAAAGUAAUAGUUGUGGAUACCAUUUUUCGGAGACACUAAAUGACACCUGCAAUUUGUGGUUAUCAGAAACCGCCACAAAUUUGAAGUGUUGUUGAGUUCAUUAAAGGCAGUGUCCACAAAUCGUGAACAAUAAUUUAAUUUAUCCUAAACGUCUCAUCAUGAGAUAUUUAAUUCUUGUAUAAUUUGUUUUGUUUGACUUUUAUUUGAUGUUGUUUCAACAAUUCAUUGAUUUUUUAAAGCUUAUAUUAAUACUAGUGUGUUUCACCUGUGCA